AUGGUUGGCGGUAACGCGCGAUACGUGCGCUACAUCGCCAUCGCCAUCUUUACCCUCACCAUCUUCUACUACGUCUCCCACUCAAAGUACCAGGCCGUCACCACCCGCGGCGGCACCACCCAUCGGGUCGACACUGCUCGCACAGGCGCCCAGCAGCCACCGACGAACCGCGAGUCGAGCGCCCACACGCCGUCGCGGCCACCGCCCGGGGACACCGAGGAUGGCGAAAUCUUCACCACCAACAAGCCUCCGGUCGUCAAUGCCAAGGAGUUCCCGUUGGCCGUGAGCCCCGAUGAUCCCCUCUGGGACAACGAUCUGGUCGGCACGGCGCCCGGCCCCCGCGUGAACGCCACUUUUGUCACCCUCGCCCGCAACAGCGACGUCUGGGACAUUGCUCGCUCGAUUCGCCAGGUCGAGGAUCGCUUCAACCGCCGGUACAACUACGACUGGGUCUUCCUCAACGACAAGCCCUUUGACGCCACGUUCAAAAAGGUGACGAAUUCGCUCGUCUCGGGCAAGGCGCACUACGGACAGAUCCCCGCCGAGCACUGGUCGUUUCCCGAGUGGAUCGACCAGGACAAGGCCAAGAAGGUGCGCGAGGACAUGGCUGAGCGCAGGAUCAUCUACGGCGACUCGGUCAGCUACCGGCACAUGUGCCGCUUCGAAUCCGGCUUCUUUUUCCGCCAGCCAUUGAUGAUGAACUACGACUAUUACUGGCGCGUCGAGCCCUCGAUCGAGCUCUUUUGCGACCUUCACUACGACCCCUUCCGCCUCAUGGCCGAGGGCGGGAAAAAGUACAGCUUCGUCCUCAGCCUCUACGAGUACGUCGAGACCAUCAAGACGCUCUGGGACAGCACCAAGAAGUUUAUGACGAACCACCCGGAGCACAUUGCGGCCGACAACUCGAUGGGCUUCCUCAGCGACGACGGCGGCGACACGUACAACAACUGUCACUUUUGGUCCAACUUUGAGAUUGGCGACCUCAACUGGUUGCGGAGCCAAGCCUACCUCGACUUUUUUGACUCGCUUGACCGUGACGGGGGCUUUUUCUACGAGCGCUGGGGCGACGCUCCAGUGCACUCCAUUGCUGCCGGCAUCCUGCUUAACAGGAGCGAGAUUCACUUCUUCAACGACAUUGCCUACUGGCAUAUUCCCUUUACCCACUGUCCGACUGGCGAGAAGACGCGGCUGGCCCUCCGCUGCCAUUGUAACCCCAAUGACAAUUUUGACUGGAAGGGAUAUUCCUGCACUUCCAAGUACUUUGACAUUAAUGACAUGGAGAAGCCCGAGAGUUACGAAAACCAGCAAUGA